UCCCCGCUGGACUGGAGCCGCGCUAUAAGCGCCGCGCUGCGCUCCCGCGCCGGCAGAACGCGGCUGCCACCGGCACGGGAGUAUCGUGCCCCGAACCGAGCCUGGGAUCUCCGUGCCCCAACCGAGCCUGGGCUCUCUGUGUCAAGCCGAACUGAGCCGGAGCUCUGCGUGCCCCGAACCGAGCCUUAGCUCUCCGUGCUCCGCCGAGCCCAGACGCUCCGUUCCCUGUCGAACCGAGCCCAGACGCUCCGUUCCCUGACGAACCGAGCCCAGACGCUCCGUUCCCUGUCGAACCGAGCCCGGACGCUCAGUGGCCCUCCGAGCCUCGCCCCGCCGCCGCGAUGCUGCCCGGCCGGACCCUGCGCAAAGCAGCGCCUCCAGCCGCUCCUGCAGGGCGGGAGGCGGCGGCGGCGGAGUGCGCCCUGGAGCUGACCCGCAUCGGCGACAGAUGGAACCUGCGGCAGAGGAUCCUCAACCUCUUCGCCAAGCUGUUCUUGCCGAACCCCGAAACGUCGGCUGCCCGCGGACACGGCGAGAGGAGCAGAGGAAGGCCUUGGCUUUGCGGUUUUGGACGAAAAGGCUCCACAGACAGCGGGAGAUGAAGAGACCUCAAAUCUCGCUGCGUUGUAUUUAGCUGUCCGGAGCCGCUGCAGGAUGGCUAUCACAUGAUUUCUCUGAAGGAUGUUACAGCAAUACUGGCGUAUGAAUGCCAGGUGGGAAAAAAAGAUAACGAUGGGCAGAGCCCCUAAACUGUGUGGGGGUGACUUGGGGCAAGCUGGUGACCUGGGGAGAUUUGGGGCAAGACUGAACUUGCCCUUCCCCAUGAGAACACUUUGACAACACUUUCAGGUACUUGGGUUCCCCAGUCACCCCCUGGUCCUCAUGUCCCAUAGCUGUGUUUCACCGAGGAGUUCAGCCCUCCUCCAGGACGAAGCCAAAAAAAUUGUCAGUGUUUUGGAACUUGGAAUCACAUACCACAAAGGAAAAGCCAGUUGCUGGAUUUUUGACUGCUCCUUCUUUCUGAAGUAUGGAUCCUGCUGGACAGGGAUCUGGUGGUGGGAAUUAAAAUUUGUUAAAGACAACCACUAUCUCUAUUGAAAGGUUAUUUGUUACAGGAUUUUUUUUUUGCAGUCUAAAAGUUGUAAUUCUAUAAAUUAACACAGUGUUGCAUAGUUCUAAUCUAUAUUAUAAAUAUAUAGUAUAAGUUUAUAUAUAUAGUAUGUAUACGUAAGACAUAAAUGUGUGCACUGCUAGUGCAUGAGAAUUUAACAGAACUAUUAACCAAAAGCUGUUUGCUUAAUCUCAAAACAUAGUAUGAAAAAAUAUUCAAAAUAUGACAAAAUUCAAUAUAAAAAGUUACUAUAUAAACUCCAAAAAGGGCAUAAUAUUUUCUGAUGAUAAAGGAAAUAAAUAAUGCUUCAGAAAGGGAAGCACACUUUGGCAUUAUAUAAGAUAUGUAUAUGAAUAUAUAUUACACAAACACAGAUAUUGAGGUAAUUGUGGAAUGAUUCCUUCAAUAUUAUAAAGAAUUUCUGGAUAACAGUACAAUUCAGCUAUGUCUUUAUAAGUAAAAAAAUAGACUCUAAAGUUGAAUCUCAAGUUUUGCUGAGAAUGUUAUUUAUUCAAAGAAAGCAUCUACCUCUCUUUGAAGAAAUAAUAUCGAUAGAAUUGAGCGUUACAGUGAUACAAGAAAGUAGUCUUAAAUUUUUGAAUGUUUAAUUACACUUACAGGCAAAGGUUGUUCCCUUGUGCUUUAUUUCCAUUUCAUUUCAUGGCCUCAUUUUGGUUCCAGAGUGGUGGAGCUGCUGCAGCACAUCCAGUGGAUGGUGAUGCACCGUCGCCACUGAGGGGUCACAGGGAAUGACCCAUCUCACUGAGGGGAUAUUACCUUUGGCUGGCUUCAGAGGAGCUGAAUUAAACAUCCUGAUCGCUGUCAAGGCAAACAGGAACUUUGCUAGUCAAUUAAUGUCAGGCUCCAUCCUAAACAGUGUUUUUCAUGGGUCCAAGAUAGCAAGAAAAAGGCUGAAGCUGUUUCAUAGCUACCUCUAAGGUAACUGGUUAGAGUUCCUUCUCUUAACUAACCUUGUAUAUAAGUAUGUUUGCGUUUUAUAAGGCUGUGUAGCCACACUUUGGUAUUAGUGUCUAUUCAAAUUGUGUCUUCUCCUGUUUUGUAGUGAAUUAUUGUUUGUAUUUAUAAUUUAUUUUUCUGUUAUCUCUUCUUAAUCUGCCUUUGCAAAAUUGUAAUUCUAAAGCACCAGUCACUCUCACAACCAGCUGUGCAGGGGCUGUGUAUUGACACUGACUUCUGUCACUGAGCAGAAGAUGACUGACUUUGCCUUCUUUCCACGUGGAAGACUUCACUCCAGCCAUCCCAGUGGUGUUACAGGCAACUUUGCUGUUGUCUUGAGCCACGUGCAUGGUUCCUUCCCUCUCUAAGCCUGCCAGUAGCUUUUCAGGGAGAACAUAAUGUUUCAAGAAUAGUUGUUAUUUAUCUUACCACUGCAAAGCAGUUCAUUUUGCUGACAUAUACAUAGGUCAGAUUUUAGGUACUAAAAAGUAAAUGCAAAGAGUUUCAGACCAGCAGAACACCAGCUCCCAGGUUGGCACUGUAUCCAGCUGGGCAAAUCUUCAUCCGAGACAGCUCCAGCUUUAAAAGAAGAGUUGCUGUUUUAUAUCCUGCUUGGUGGAGUCUUGGAAUUUUCAUCAAGGACACUGAACAAUGACCACGCCUGUCUGGAACUCUCAGAGGAAUUCAGCAUUAGCAUUCACAUUGGUAGCUGAAAAGUAUGUGAAUAAAACUGUUCUGUUCAAUGAAUGCUGCUUGCAAAGUCAACAGGAAAUGAGGUGUGGAUUUUCUGAGCCCACCCACUUCUUCAGGCUGUAGCACAUAUGAGUUUUACCAAAAACAAGUAUAUUCAUAAAUGCAUUGUCAUGGGGAUAUCCAAGUUCAGUGUUAGCACAGUAUUUGUCUGCCUAGCUAUGCAAAGACUACUUGCUUUUUUUUGAAAUGUUUUAGAUGUUUCUGUGCAUUGUUAAGAAUGGUAGCGUUCAACAGGAACUCAGGAAAAAUGCAUGGACACAAGAGGUCAAUGCCAAUGUAUGACCAAGCGCUUGCUGAUGCCCACCCUAGAUUUCUUUUGUUACUUCUGCAAAGGAUCUGCUUUAUGACUUUAUCAACAUGGGUUUGUUUUCCUUAAGGCCUGUUCUGGAUGUGUGCCAGAAGUGUUGCUGUAUGCCUCAUGCAUGUGUGUCUUGAAUUCGUGCUAAGAUAAUAAACACGAAGUGUUUACCAGAAAAAUGA